UUCGAAUCCUCGCGCGCAUAUUUAACGCUCUGCGUUCUUGGGUACUAUGGAGAAAUUUCAGUCAGGAGCUCCUAAUGCAGAUCUGGAUGCCGAAAUUGUAUCCAUGUCGAGAUCUGUUGAUCCUACUACCAACGAAGAUGACAAGGUUCUCGAGGAAAUGGGCUAUGUGCCCUCUUUCAAACGAGAAUUUUCUAAUCUCGCUACGAUCAGUUUCGCGUUUAGCAUCAUGGGACUUUGCUCGAGUGUGGCAACGACGUUCAAUACUCCACUUCUGAUGGGAGGACCUGCUUCUGUGACCUGGUGUUGGAUCAUUGGCGCUUGCAUGUGCUUUACGCUUGGAACGAGCAUCGCUGAAAUCGUUAGCGCAUUCCCAACCUGCGGCGGAACAUAUACUGCUACAGCGCAGCUCUGUCCUCCCCGGCAACGUGCAUUACUUGGGUGGAUUGUUGGCUGGUUAAAACUACUCGGCCAGCUAUGCGGUUUAUGUUCUACAGAAAUUGGUCUUGCCAACAUGAUCUGGGCCGCUGUGGUCAUCUCAAAAGAUGGUCAAUAUGUUGUGACACACGGCAUGACGGUGGGGCUUUUUGUAGCUCUUUUGGUCUUCAAUGGACUGCUGAACUGUCUCGCAACGAGAGGCCUGGCGCUCUUCACGAACGUCUUUGUCUUUGUGAACCUCGGGACGACAAUCAUCAUCAUUAUCGUAUUGUUGGCGAUGACGCCACGGUCCGAAAUGCAUCCCGCGAGUUAUGUAUUCGGCUCUGCCGGGCUGGUGAACCAGACAGGUGGCUGGAACGAUGGACUUGCAUUCCUCUUCGGACUGCUGAGCGUACAGUGGACGGGUUACGACGGAACGGCUCAUAUCUCUGAGGAAGUGAGACGUGCCGCCUACGCAGCGCCAUCGGCAAUCUUCAUUGCUACUAUCGGUACAGGACUUCUCGGCUGGGUAUUCAAUAUCGUUGCGGUGCUGUGCUCUGGGCCCCUUGAGCAACUUCCUGGCCCUUCAGGCUCAGCGUUUCUGCAAAUCAUGGUCCUGCGUAUCGGCAAGCCUGGGGCGUUAUUCCUCUGGACAUUUGUCUGCCUCACAGCAUUCUUCUGUUGCCAAUCGACAGUGCAGGCUUGCUCAAGAAUGAUGUAUGCCUUCAGCCGCGAUCAUGGCCUUCCAGAUCGUGGCUACUUCGGGAAAAUAUCGUCGCGGACGAGCACGCCACUCCGCGCUGUAUGCUUCACGACCGGCCUUGCCAUUCUUCCCGGACUGCUUGAACUUGCAAGUCCUGUCGCAGCUAACGCCGUCUUUGCCCUUUGCGCCAUAGCGCUGGACUCGUCGUACAUCAUCCCCAUUAUUUCGCGACGUAUCUAUCGGAAUGAUUCUGAGGUGGUGUUCAAGCCCGGCCCUUUCUAUAUGGGAGACGGCGUGCUCGGCUGGGCGGUCAAUUUGACAUGCAUAUUCUGGACAACAUUCGUUUGCAUCAUCUUCUGCAUUCCUACUGAGCGUCCGGUCACAAGGCUAAACAUGAACUAUGCUUCGCUCAUGCUGGGGGGCGUGACUAUUUUAUCUGGGCUUUGGUAUCUGUGUGGGGGUCGCCGUCACUACAAAGGUCCAGUAUCCAAUCUUCCUUGUACGGAGCGUACCGAAUUAGAGGAAGAGAAGUCAGCGACGUACAGCGAGAAGAGAGUAUAAGACAGCGAUAUACUCCAACUUCUCGAAAAUAUUGUAAUGUAUAUGGGGCUCGGUGCAGACUGAGUGGCCUAUGUCAUGUUAAUUCGCGACGUCUGUGGAUCCUCUGUCAAUAGGUGUAGUAGGCAAGUGUGCGGGUUCAUUUCAAUGUAUGCAGCCUUCCGGCAGCAAAAGUCCGCUU